UUCACGUGUUCAGUUUUCUGUCACAGAGACAAAAGAAACCAGAAAAUAUUCACAUUUAAGAAUCUGAAUCAGAGAAUUUAGACGUUUACUUAAAAAAUGUUGAAUUAAUUAGACAAUUAGACAGAUUGUUGCAGAAUCAGAUGAUUAAAGUCAAUAAAUUAUAUAUUUAUUUAACCCUCCUGUUGUCCUUGAGUCAAGGAAGGAAGGAAAGGAGGAAGGAGGGAGGAAGGAGUAAGGAGGGAGGAAAGGAGGGAAGAAGGAAGGAAAGGAAAGAAGGAGGUAGGAAGGAAAGGAAGGAAGGAAGGACGGAGGAAAAAAGAAGGAGGGAGGGAGGGAGGAGGAAGGAAAAGAGACAGGGAGGAAGUAAGGAAAGAAGGACAGAGGAAAGAAGGAAGGGAGGAAGGAAGGAAGGAAGGACAGAAGGAAGGAAAGAAAGAGAGAAGGAGGAAGGGAGGAAAGAACACAGAAACAUCACUGACCCAGAAUCAGAUUAUUUCACUGCAGUAAAUGUGUUUAAUAAUUAUAUUUAUUUUACAGCUCUGAUACUGCUGCAGGUAAACUGAAUGACCCACUAACACACCUGUGGGAGGGAGACUGCAGGUGUAACAGGAAGCAGCUCUAAGUCCUGCUAAGAGGAUCACACACACAUACACACAUACACACACACACACACACACACACACACACACACACACACACUAAGCUCCUCAGUCUUCGUGAGUCUGGCAUGUUGAGCAGAGGGAUGAUGGGAGCAGGCGGCGGCUCGGCGGGGACGAAGAACCCUGAAAACCACGACUGACCUCUGAACCCUGAGAGACAGAACACGGCGUCAUGGACAACGUGGAUCCGUCUCCUUUGCGGCGUUUUGUCGUCGCGAAGCUUUCGAUCACCUCCAUCUUUGAUCAGCUGCUGGACUUUGUGAAGGACGGCUCUGCAUUCGUUGAUGAGGCGUGGCGUAGUGAUGAGCUGGGUCAGGUUGCUGUGGAGGAGCAGAGUCUGGAGAUGCAGAGCUGUGCCACCAAACUGGCGACGAUCAGAGAAAUCCUGCUGAGGAGACACAUGAAGGUGGCCUUCUUCGGCAGGACCAGUAACGGGAAGAGCACGGUGAUCAACGCCAUGCUGAGGGACCGCGUGCUGCCCAGCGGCAUCGGUCACACCACCAACUGCUUCCUGAGAGUCGAAGGAACCGACAGAGAAGACGCUUACCUCACGACCGAGGUGUCCAAUGAGAGGAGGAGCAUCAUGACAGUGAACCAGUUGGCUCAUGCUCUCCACAUGGAUCCCACUCUGGAUUCGGGGAGUCUGGUUAAAGUUUUGUGGCCUAAAAGUCGCUGCGCUCUGCUGAGAGACGACCUGGUGCUGAUGGACAGCCCCGGCACUGAUGUCACUCUGGAGUUGGACAGCUGGAUCGAUAAAUUCUGUCUGGACGCUGAUGUCUUCGUGUUGGUUGGAAACGCAGAAUCGACCCUGAUGAACACGGAGAAACUUUUCUUCCAUAAAGUCAGCGAAAGAAUCUCUAAACCGAACAUCUUCGUCCUCCAUAACAGAUGGGACGCUUCGGUUACUGAGCCUGAGUAUAUAGAUGAGGUGAGGAAGCAGCACCUGGACCGCUGUGUGAGCUUCCUGGCCGAGGAGCUGAAGGUUGUGAGUCUGGACGAAGCGGCCGGCCGGAUCUUCUUCGUGUCGGCUAAAGAAGUUCUGAUCUCACGGAUGCAGCGAGCGCAGGGGAUGCCUGAGACAGGUGAGACAGGAGGUGCUCUGGCUGAAGGCUUCCAGGAGAGACUCCGAGAGUUUCAGAGGUUUGAGAGAACGUUCGAGGAGUUCAUCUCUCAGUCUGCAGUGAAGACGAAGUUCGAGCAGCACACGGUGAGAGCGUGGCAGAUCAGCGAGGCCAUCAAAGCCGUGAUGGACGCCAUCAACAUCGCCUCUGCUGACAGGAAGAUCUGCUGUCUGGAGGAGCGCGAGGAGCAGAGGGACCGACUGGACUUUGUUCGAGGACAGAUUAACCGUCUGACAGACAACGUCAGAGAGAAGAUCAAGACUCUGACCGAGGACGUCUGUGUUAAGGUUACCACGGCGAUGUCGGAUCAGAUCCACUCACUUCCUGUUCUGGUGGAGGAGUUCAGAGCCGACUUCAACCCCACACAAGAAACUCUGGAGCUCUACAAGGCCAAGCUGCUGCAGCACGUAGAGGAGAGGAUCAUCGGCUGUCUGGCUCAUCGCUGCUCCAUCAGCAUCCUCAGAGACAUCAAAGACGCCCAGAGACACAUGAUCGACAGUGUUCGUCCUCUGCUGUCUCUGACCGUCCAGGAGCAGCUCUCUGCUCCCUCCACCACCUUCGAGUUGACCUAUGACCUGGGCCUCGCCGCCCUGUGUGCAGACUUCAGAGAGAACAUAGAGUUCCAGUUCUCUCUGGGCUGGACGGCGCUCGUCACGCGUUUCCUCGGCGCCUACAACGCCAGACGAGCGCUGAGCGGCACCGACCCCAGACUGCAGGAAGGCUCCAGCAUAAAGAAUGAGAUGGUGGUUUCCGUAGCAACAGGUCUGGUCUCCGUCACCUCCCGAGCGUCCAUGACGGUCCUGAUCAUCGGUGGAGUGGUAUGGCGUUCGGUGGGCUGGCGGGUCAUCGCUCUCUCUCUGUCGCUGUACGGUCUCCUCUACCUGUACGAGAAGUUCACCUGGACGAACGCCAGCAGGGAGCGCGUUCUGAAGCGGCAGUUCACGGAGCACGCUGCCCAUCGCCUGAGAGCCGUCAUCCCCGUCAGCAGCUCCGCCUGCAGCCAGCAGGUCUACAAGGAGCUGGCUGCUACCUUCAGCCGGCUGACUCAGCGUGUGGAUCUGAGUGAAGCAGAGUUGGAGGGAAACAUCCGUCAGCUGAGCUUCAGGAUCCAGCGGCUGGAAAACAUCCAGAGGAGAUCAAAGGCCUUCAGGAACAGAGCCACGGAGCUGGAGACGCAGCUGGAGGCCUUUUCUGUUCAGUACCUGCAGGGAAACUAACACAUGAAGAAGAAGAAGAAGCGUGAUGUUUGGUGAGCGGCGCCCCCUGCUGCUGGAUCAGCAACACUUCACUCUCAUCAUGAAGACUUCAAACCAUCUCAGCUUUAUUCUCGUCCUGCAGACACGAGAUCAGUUUCAUUCUCUGAUGAAACUUUAGACAGUUAGUAAUAAUAAAUGUUCCACUUGAUAAAGAAUAAGUUUGUUGAAAGUCUCACUGACAGUAUUUAUGUUUAAGAAUGAAACCAGAUGAGUUAAUGUUUAAAAGACAGAAAACCUCCGAACUGAACACAGAACACAGCGGAGCAGCUGAUCAACAGUCCGACAGCUUUAAUGUAAUAUUAACCCUCCUGUCGUCCUCCCGGGUCAAAUUGACCCCGUCUCUUUUGACUGUUCCUUCCUUCCUUAAUUUUUCCUUCGUUCUUCCCCUCCUUCCCUCUUUCUUUG